AUGGCGCCGCCACAGGGACAAGCGUCGUACAAGAAACAGCCUGGGCUCCUGGCUAUAUCGAAAGACCGCAAAUCGGUAUCAUGGACUCCAGCACAGCCGCCGGACGCCGCUCCAACGCUGGUGAUAUCUGCAGCCAACAUCACCAACCUACAACAGACUCCAGAAUCAGCCGCCAAGGUGAUGCUGAAGAUCUUUGCACAGACUCCAGGCCAGUCUGAACCGGUGGCCUAUGUCUUCACGUUCACUUCGCCCAGUGACCCGAGACGCGAAGCAAAUGCAAUCAAGGACGCGUUGGCGAGCGUCAUCCAAGCACAGAAAGCCGCCCAAAAUGCCGCGGCUGCUGCUUCCGAGGGCCAAUCGGCUGCCAUGACAAUCGCGAACGCCAUUUCAGGUGGUGGGCGAGCGAACAAUCUCUGGGAGGACGAUGACCGGCUGAUUACGGACGUGAAACUCCAACAGUCACUUAUGCAGGAAGAUCCGAAUCUACAGCGAACUUUCAUGGAAGCCUUGAGCCUGAAGCCGGAGACCAUAUCUACCACGCAGUUCACCCGACAGUUCUGGUCGUCUCGUGUCCAUCUGCUGCGCGCCCACGCCAUUGCCCAAAGCCAGGGACGAGGCAAGUACAAUGUCUUUUCCGAGCUCCGACGUGAAGACGGCGGGACCAAGCUCAGCCUCACACAGGACCAUGUGCGCGCCAUCUUCGAACAGUAUCCAGUCAUGCGGACCAUCUACGACCGAGUGGUGCCGCACCGAUGUAAAUCGGAAGUCGAGUUCUGGUCCCGGUUCUUUCAGAGCCAAUUGUUCAUGAAACUGCGCGGUCUGAAGUUUGACCCGACGAAGGAAUCGCGCGACAAAUAUCUCGACACGGAUGAAUUCCUCAACCACCCGGAGUUGACAGGCCUACGACCAACUUCGACCGACCUCCACAUCCCAAAGUUCAUUGAUCUGGAAGGCAAUGAAGAAGACAACAGUCAACGCAAGGGCAACCGGCCGGACAGCGAGCUGCGAGCGACAGCACUCGACAAGGCACCCAUCAUCCGCAAAUUGAAUGCACUUAGCGAGAAGCUCAUGGCUACAGUCCGACCGUCGGACGCGGAGGCCUCGGCGCCUAUCGGCAUGACGGAGGCCGAAUAUGAGAGACUCCGCCUCCGCGAUCUAGAAGGCGACCCAGAACAGCACAGGAUCAUCUUGAACAUCCGAGACCAGAGCCGCUUUUUCUCCGACAGCCGUUCAUCCGCCCGAGACGGCUGCGCCGAUGGAGUGGACAGCAACCCUUUUCGACGUCUCGACCCUGCCAAAGCCAUCCAAGACGUGUACAGGGACGUUGCAGGGCGGUUUCCACAGCCAGGGACUGGCGUGAUCCCUAUCGAAGCAUACGAAGCUGAAGACGCGGAAAUGGAGAUGGACGAAGAUUCGGCCCAUCCUGAGUCCGGGUCGUCAGUGGCAAUGAAACAUAUCGUUUCUCUGAUCGAAGCGCAUCGAAAUCAGACCAAAGAGAUCCCUGAGGCCUCGGGUCUGAGCACGGCCAUCUACGACCGCCUCACCCUGACGCACGCCACGACGAUCGAGUUCCUGCGGCAGUUCUGGAAUGCCUUCUUGUCUGGCGACGCGUCGCGCGCGAGCCAGGUGGCCUCUUUGGUGGAAAGUCUCAACCGUGCGCUUGAUCGGAUCAACGUCAUUGCCGAAGAUGCCGAGAAGGAGAGGCAGGAACAUAUUCGAGCCCAAGAGCGCAGUCUUGAAGAAAGGUUCCGCAAGACCGGACGCAGGCAUAGGCUUGACCAUAGCGCCAUUCACGGCGGCGGCGCAGUCGUGAGAGACUUGCUCGGUCCGAUUGUCAAAAGUCUCGCCAAUGCCGUCGAUAGGUAUAGGCAGGCUUACGAGGAGCAGACACGCGGCAUGGGCGACGGAUAA